AUGGUUUAUCAAAACCAAAUAGACCUUAAUUUGUCCUCUGUCCUUUACAAAUUGAAAAUUGAAUCUUUACCUAUUCCGAAUCUGUUUCGGGCUCUUUUUUUGAACAAUUCUGAAGAAGAAUGUGAAGUACCAGAAGGUAUCAAAUGUAAAGACAUAACAAACAACAUUGAAAUUGAAAC